GGUGACACCACUCGAGGCCAGCUAGGGAGAGGGGAGAGGGAGGGGAGGCUUGCCGCCGCGCCCGUGUCUCACAAAUGGGAACGGCACCGCGGCGGGGGACCGCGGGACAAGGGCGGCCCAAAGUGGCCUGGACCACAAUCGCGGGGUUUCACGGCGUUGCCGAUGACGCGGAAAUAGAUGAAGCGCCGCCCGCGUAUGGUCUCGCUUUACUCGUCGAGGGGAGGGGCCCCCGUCUACUCGCGUCGUACAUAUCUCUCUUUCUCGCUCUCUCGUCCCCUUCCCACCCACCCUGACGUGGCGCUGCGUGAAAGAGGAUUAUAGUGGCGGACGCAACCUCACGACACCCGCAUCCGGCGUCACAAAAUACUGGCUGGCGGCAUGGCUGGGAGAGAGGGUUUUAUUUUUAUUUUUAAAUUGGGUUCUCUCGCACUUUCAGUACUUGGUGUUUCUGCCGGGCCGCCAAUAUUCAUCUCGUACCUCCCUAGGUACCUACCACCUACGAGGCGUGAAGAGGUACGUACAUGGAGCCAGCGGAACGGAACGGGAAGCCUAGGUGCGCAGCCUUGUUGUUGGGACAGCCCACCACCACCACACCCUCAGUCUGCGCCCUCCCUCUCCCUUGCUUGGGGAAUAUCCGGAGAGGGUGGUCAGGCGCCCGUCGUAUUCACAGCGCAAGCGAGAUGCUAUACGAAGCGAAGACGAGAAAAAAAAAGAAAAGAAACAACAACAAGAAGAAAUGCCAUGUCGGUAGGCACAUAUGUAUCGACGCGGCGGGGUUUCACAAGGCCCCGAUCACAAAUACCGCCCGCUGUUGCUGCCGCCGCCUAUUGGCAUGCCACAUUUAAUACCUAGGCACUUUGCUCACAUGAACCUGCCCCCGAAUGGAUGGGGCCUGUUGGUUGGUCGAGCCAGCAGCAGCAAGAAGCAGCAGCGCGGCAAGCGGCAACUAACGGGCCAGCAGCAACCCUACCCAGAUCUAUUGUAGGGCGCAAAGGAAGAAGGUUGGCCGGGGGCUAGGUAGGGACAGGGUGCACGGCAGCAGCCCCCUCCCCCGGGCCCCUUUCCUCCGCUGACCGGUUACAGAGGAUGAAGAGUCUCUUAUCAUACAGCAAAGUGCAUCUUUGUGUCACUUGUGUGCGGAUGCUCACGUCUGUUUCUCUCACUGCCCUUUUUCUCUCCUUCUCUCACACACUCUCUCUUCCUUGCUGUGUUUUGGGUCGCGGACUGGGAGAUGAGAUGGGGCAACUCUUUCGGCCUCAUGGCGGCCUAUUGCCAAGGUUCACUCCAGAAGGUUGCAUCGCGGGCUAAAGGCAGCAAAAGGCACAGCUUGGUGUAACACGGCCGGCCGGCUGGGCCCCUCCAGUCGUCACCCUUCCCCCAAUCGACAACACACAGGCAGGGGUGGGGAGCUGUGCUAGCACAUCAACCCAGGAGCGAAUGAUCUUGUCCCGCCGCCUGUGCCACCCGUUGGCGAUCUUCCCGCCGGGCCAGAGAGAAGGGAGGGGGGGAGAGAGAGCGGGCUCUUACUGUUUUUGUUUUCGCUCUUGCCAAGCCCAGCCGAAAAGAAGGAAAAAAAAGCGGCACCGAGGCGCGAGCCGUGGUAUGGGGUUCGCAAUGGUACCCUGUGCUGACACGGAGAAUGGAGCCAUGAACCGGCCGACCUGCCCCGUUUUCUGUUUUUGUGCUUCUUCUCAGGGCCCCUGCUGGGCCGCAUUCACACUUUCUAUCGCUGGUUUUUUCCCUUCGAGGACAUGUUGGUGUGCUGACGCAUGCCUACCGAUCCUUCCCCAUCCAUCCUCCCCUUGCACAUACAUAAAUAAUCACCUUAUAUAGGGUAGGUUACCCGUCCAGCUAGCCAGUGAAAGGGUGUCGGUGUGUGAGCAGGAAGAAAAAGAAGGCAAGGUAGGGAGGUGGGGUUUGUGGCCAUAACGAGGAAGCCGGGAGGGUCUGGGCCGGUGAAUUCACCCAAGAGAAAGACACAAUAAAAAAAUUAUUAGGUGCAAUAAAAUAAUAAUACCCAAUAAAAGCAGGGCGAAGCCGACGGGCCAAGGCACGCACCGUCACCCCACCGACGCGAUAUGCACUCCGGACACACCACGGGACGUCACGAGAACAAAAUCGAAGCAGCAGGGAGUGGGAGGAGGAGGGGGUUUUUUUUUUCGCCGCCCCGGGGCGCACUGCCGAAUUGUGGGCUCUCCAUGGCCUGGCCGCUGGACAUGGGCCCCUGCUUGUUGCUGGUGCUCGUGCUGCUUGCGUUUAUUUGCUGUUGGCCUGGGCAGCCAGCAACGUGCAGCUACCGUACCCUGGACAUGAGUGGCUUCACCCCUCGCGUAUUAUAUGAGAUGUGGCGAUGCCGCUUGGGCUGUGAGAGUGUAUGUUCCCCUCUCCUCCCCUCCCCUCCCCUUGUGAUUACGGUCCGAUGCGCGUGGCCCUGCAGCGCGGGCGUCCGAUCGCCGUCCGUCCGUCCGUUCGCCCUGGGUACGUCCAUGGGCGGCAAAGCAGGCCUUGGUGACGAAAACGGUAACCCGCCGACGGAUGUGCACCAGGGGCCCGCCUCGGACUUGGGUCUCGCUGUAGGGCCACCAGCCGUGGAGAGUCAGCCGUGGAGAGCUGUGUGCUCCUGCUGGCGGCUGGCAUGUGGAGCCUUCUGGUUGGCACUGCCGUCGCCGGUGAUGGCUCGUGACGCAAGAUGGGAGCUGGGAAUGGCAUCAAGAUUUGGCGUGCCGAGUUGUCUGCUCUCUGUUGUUUCGGCAGAGCAGCAGCGGCUAGGCCCCUGGACAGACGGAUGGAGGCUUGCAAGCAAUCUAGUGACAAGAACCCCGCCUGGAUAA